GCGCAAAGAUGGAUCAUUAACCUCUCGUUGUUUCCUCCUCGUCCACAGACCCCCCGUCGCGGCGCCUCGACCCUCCACCACCCUCACCGUGCGCCGUGCUGUUCCUCGCUGCCGCUAAUGAUGAUGCUGACCCUCCUCCUCGGCUGGCAAGACCCUGUUACCUGCCACACCACCACCACGUCCACCACCUCCUCCACCACCCUCACCUCAUCGUCAGUGUCUUCCCCAACCACGCCCGUAAUCUCAGGUUCUCGCCUAGCUGCCACACCCACCUCCCCAGCCACACCAGCAGCCGCUGAUACUCCCCCAAAGAUCACACUUUUGCCCUCAGUGCCUCACCCAACCACACCGUCAUACUUAGACUCUCCCCCAUCAACCACACCCUUCCCAACAGCUACACCUUCUCCCUCAGCGUUUCCCCCAGCCAUAGUCUCACCCCCAGCGCCUCCCACAACAGCAGCAUCCUGGUUCCAUCACACGCACGGCGGCGCGGGGCUACAGGAAAGCGCCUCACCAGAGCCCCUGCUUCACGAGGCCUCACUGCCAGACAUGCCCGACGCCUCGAGACCUCACAAAGGUCCGGCCGCGCCUCCCCGCCACCUCCAGCCUCCAGCAACACUCCCACCGCAGCACAGUUCGCCACCCAAAGCUGAUCAAGUGCCUCACGCCGGAGGGCGGCCAGGUGAGGGGCGCAGGGAGGCCUGGGGUGGUGUGCCGAGGCAGAAAGUUGGCCUGAGGAUGACAGGGGUCACGGACUUUCCUCGCCCGCCAUUCGAUGCGGAGGCAAGACAAAGGUCGGGUCGCGAGGCUCACCUGGGACGCCUUAAUGAACAGGUAUUCUCCAGAGGCCCUCAGGGGACACCCAACCCCGGCGGGGGACGGGAGGGGGCGCUGCACCCUGAUGCGGGGGUGUCCACUUUGCGAGCGCAAGCGGACUCUGACGUCACGACCUCGCCGCCCGCGCUGGAAGGGAGCAGAGCGGAGCUUAUCGAUGAAGCAGGGGACGAGGGCGUGCAGGCAACCCUUGGCCCCUGCAUCCUCUGCCGAAAGGCCCCUGCUGCGCCAGGACCCGCCGCCCCACCUGUAUCUCGAAGCCUGAUUAAAGAGAAGCUGAGAGGGGAGGAGGAGGAGGAGGAGGAGGAGGAGGAGUUGGAGGAGGAGAGGACGCAGCAGCAUUAUGAAGUAACAGUAACUAAGUCUGACAAUUAUGUGGAGGAUUCCAUGAUAAACAUUGGCAGCGUCCCCCCACGGGAGGGUGGCGGGUGGGCGGCACGGGCAUGGCUGAGGCAGAGGAAGAGGACGAGGCGGCGUGACGGCGAGGCAGCACAUCGCGGAGAACGUGGCGGUGGUGCAAGUGUUCGCUCCAGCACAAGCACCGCCACCAGCAGGAAGGCAGCGGGCGGCGGGGCGGCGAUGGGACGUGUGCGGCGGCUGACCGGCCCCGUGAGGGAGGCGAGGCGUCCCUCAGGGGAGCUCCGGCCCCUGGACGACCUUGACUCUGACGACGGAGGAUUAUCUGGAACCCAGUACACACACCUGCAGGUCGCUGCCUCCCCCUUGCCCCGCCCCGAUCCGUCAUUGAUUCCGGGGUGGGGUGGUGGCAAUAAUUCCCCCUCUAAUGCCCCGCGCCAUGGGGAGGGGGCUGCUGAGACCCACAAUGGAUCACAGGAGCGCUGCAGGUUAGCCGCCGAUGCUUCACAAGGUGAGGGGGCAGGUAAGGGUGCUCAGAGCGUCUCAUCCCGGCCCUCCGCCCCCCUUGGUUUCCCCACCGCCCACACCCCUGCCACCCUUUACCACCCCCAGCCCUUCAACAAUAGACGGAGCCCUUCACCCCGACCCCCGCCUAAGCAGCCAGAGAAAAGUAAUAUCCCGCCACUUAUGGCCUCUACUGACGCGGGGCUGAAGGCGCGUGGGCAGAGACCCGAGGAUAGGCUCGCGGGAACAAUGGGUGGCCAGAAUGUCACCGGACCCACCCCUCAAAGUGCCUCUGAAGGGCAGGUCGGAGGAGAUAUUAAACCUCCUGCUACAUCACAAGUGCCGGAAGAGGAGGAGGGAGAGGAGGAAGAGGAGGAGCUUCUGUUGGUCGUCCUGCGGUGCCCUAACGAGGGGGAAGAGACACUUGGGAUGCACGCGCCUUACUCUCUCCAUGAAGGAGUAAUGGCUUUUGUGCAAGAUGAAGAGGAACAACAACAACAACAACAACUACAUGAAGAGGAUCAGGUAAAUAUCCAUGAAAAGAAAGAGGAGUAUCAAGGAAAAAGGAGCGUCUCCCAGAGUAAGGGCAGCUUUGGAAACACAAAGGAAGAACAAACAACAGCAGACCUGCUGGUCCUUAUGAGGCUGUUUGUGAACCAGGGAGAGAAGGGAGAAAAGGCCAGCGGAGAGGAGACAGCGAUAAAGACACAGGAAGGACCAACAACAAUGAUGGGCAGAAAAAGCUUGCCAGAAGUGGCAGAAAGGAAAGCAGAUGGGGAGGGAGGCAAAACAACCCCUUCAGCCUCCCCCUACCCCUACGGCUCUCCCCCGGCCUUCAACCCUCGCCCCCUCCCCCCAUGGCUUCAAGGUUCCACAAAUAUUUCCAUCAAGGACUUCUCGUCGACGGGCAAGUUUGUGGAGAAAAUUUCGUCAAUUUCAUCCCCGAAUAGCGAUCCUCGGCGGCAGGCCACGCCAAGCGCUGCGCGGGGCCGCGGGAAGGUGCCGUCAUCUCUGCGUGACCGGGGCGGCCCCGGCAUGACCCAGCGAUGUUCGCACCGCCCAGCCGGCCCGCCGCGGGUCCUGCUGCUGGACAGCGAGGGCCGAGCGGUGGCCUUGGAGGGAGCAGGGCGGGGCGCGGGAAGGGCGCCGGGCUUACGUCCGUGUCCUGACGUAUUGCUGUGUCACGCCCUCCUCCCGCCGUGGUUGCUGCGCCCAGCUGUGGCCUUAAGGUUCGGCUCUGCGGCGCCGCUGCCUUGUGUGUCCGGAGCCCCCCAGUCAGACCCCCCCGUCAGGAGCCACCGCCGGAGAUCAAGACACAACGCUAAUGAGAGAGUGGCGUUAAGUAGCAUUCUUGUGUCGGCUGAAGUUGUAACCAACAUUCGCAAAAGCUUUAUUAAAGUGUUGGUGUCCCCACCUCCCACCGAGGCGCCUCGACGUGAGGAGGGGCACGGGGAGGGCCCGAGGAGACAUAUAUUCAUAUGGAGGAGCGGCGGGACCGCUAAUCCCUCGGUGCCUCCCGUGGUGGUAGUUUAUUGUGAUGCAGUGAAUGCUACUAAAAGAUGUUUGAUGUCCCUUCCCAGAGUGUCCGCCGCCUCCCCUGCACACGAGCAUCACGGCCCCAGCAAAGGCUGGUGGCGGGGCAAGAGGAGCGUGGAGGUGCCCCAGACUGACGACAGGACUAGUAAACGAAAAGACAAAAACAGACGGCAGCCAGAGAGGCGCCGCGAGUCGUACAGCAAAGCGUGGAAAUUUAUCGUCAAGAGUCACAGUCGGGGUCAGCACCGCGGCAGGCGCAGAAGAGGCGCCAGGCAGGCAUUUUCCUCCUUCGGGGAGGCACAGGAGUCGGCGAGUCUGUACUCCAGUUGGCUGGCGGCGCUGACGAGACGCUCGCACAAGGGUGGCAGAAGGGCCGAGGCUGCCAACGUACAGCACUUCGUCAACACGGCGCUCGCCCAAGGCUAUUUGGCGCGACGCGAUAGAACGUUCCCGCCAGUCACUGAAUUUCAGAACCUGACAGAUCGAGCAAAAGUUUCCUCUUCAUCCUUGAACUCCAAUAGAAAAGUUUUCGAGGUACAAUCGAAUUUCAAGCAUAAAGGCAGGGCUGAAAGGUUUUCCCCGCCCGCGGGGUACUUUAGGCCCAGGCCACCGAGAGCGACCCUUACACCCCGCCGGGCCCAACGCUCCCCACCCCGAACUGCAUCCCGCCUGUCAUUCAGCAGUCCAGGGAGGGAGGGAUGGCGGCCCUCUCUGGCCUCAUUGGUGACUGAUUUACGGGACCCUGAGAACAUUCCGGGCGAGGGCGCUGUCCAUCAGGAGGAAAAGAGGCGUGAGGAGGGAAGAGAGACGGUGAGGACAGUGUCUCUCGGGGGCGAGGCAGCGUCUGGCAACAUUUCGCUCCUCAGUCACGCCAGCGGCUGGCCCCGGGGGGGAAACAGCACCGCUGCCCCGGGUGUUGGACGAGGCAGCGGCCACGACAACGUUACUGACGUUAGUGAUCAGCGAGGAGGAGGCAGCCAAGACAGGCCCGUCGAGUCAACGCUGUCCCCUGAUGACCCCCGAGACAAUGCAGAAAGUUAUGAUCGGCCACGAGCCUCGGCAACCUUGACCCACAUCCUGCAGGCGAGGGACCCGCAGGAGGCAGCAGUGCAGAGCGUCAAGAGAAAAGAGGGCGCACCUGCACCAGGGUGGGGAGUGCGAGGGGCUGGACGUGGGGAAAAAACGGUGAACGACAUUGAAGGAAUCAACACUUCAGAGAAAGACAGGGAAUUAGACCGUAUCAGCAGCAGCAACAGCAUCAUCAUCAACAACAACAACAACAACAACAACAACAACAACAAAAGCAGCAACAACAACAACAACAACAACAACAACGACAACAACGGCAGCAGCAGCAACGGCAGCAAUAACAUGGACAAUCAUUGCAGUGAUAGCAGUCAGAAUAUUUUCAACAAUAGUCUGGUAAAGGCUGAGGAGGCAUCAGGGAUCACUGGCAGUAGUGGAGCCUUUACCAGCGGCAGCAAACGUUACGGUGGAAGGAAAGAAAAGAAAAACGAGGAAAUAAAACUCAUCUGUAACAAAGGAGACAGCAACAAGUCAACACGCAGCGGUGACGCCCCGCUCACAGGGGAGGCUGAGGUGCUGGGGGGCGCCGCGGCCAGACAGGAUCAGCCAGGUGGGGGGACAGGACUAGGCAUCGCUGCGCCUGGCCUGCUUCCUGGGAGUGCGCGGCGCUGGCCGGCCCAGAACUCAUCCCUCAUCAAGGAGGCGAUGAGUGGCGCGCCCCGCCGCGAGGUGCCGACACCCUUGGCAGCAACACUUCGCCCCAGCAAACUCCAGCCAGAACAAACCCUCACGCCGGGAGAAGGCCCCGGAGGCCGCCUCUCUGCGCCGAGUCAGUACCCGAGGCAGGAGAAGCAGAACAAGCCGCCACGACCUUAUCAGCUCCGAUGGCCCUCCGAUUAUCUGCCCUCCGGCCCGUGGGCUGCCAGGGUGCGGGGAAACUUCCGGGGUCACUCCAAAACGUACCCUCGUGCACACCGGCCACUGCUGCCGCUCACCCACAAAAAGAUGCCCGUGCGGACGUACUGGGGCCUGAACCGGGACGCCCGUGAGGAAGCGGCGGAGCGGCGGCCGUCUAGCCCCUUGGGACAGGAAGGCGGGGUGCCUCCUCCUAAGGGAGGAGUACAGUCCCACCGCGGCGAAAAUGACCAAUCAAGUCUGCACGGGCCAGCACCAGCCGGGGCGGUGGUGGGCGGGGAGCGGCGCCCCCACCUCUCACAACCCUCAAGUAAUUACCAGUCGGGACCACGGGAGGGCCGUGCCAGAUUAGCGGCGCCUGACCGCGCCCAUAACCCUGACAAGGAGCCUCCUGGAGGGAAGGGGGCAGACGACCCCACCAUCCUCCAGCAAACGGGCCGCCGAUCUAUGAUAAGGACCGGCGUGGCACCCACGGCCCCCCCGAUGCGCGUGGUACCCAUUCUCGGACUGUUCGACUUAACGGUGCGGGGCGAGCCGCGCCUCGGCGGCCGUUCCGAGCUGGCGGCGGCCCAGCUGGCGCUGCGGCACAUCAACGAGCAGCAGGUCAUCCCCGGCCACACCCUCGUCAUGUUCCACAACGACACGCAGUGUGACAGCGGCAGCGGAGUGGACGCCUUCUUCCACGCCCUCUACACGUCGCGGGCCAGAAUGCGCAUCCUAUUGGGCGCCGCGUGUACCGAGGUGACAGAGAGCCUGGCCGCCGUGGUACACUACUGGAACAUCGUGCAGCUAGAAAGGAAGGAUGAACAGCAGGAUAUGAUGCACGCCUAUUACCCGGGCGCAUAUUUCAAGUCUCUCUACGGGUAUGUGGUCCUUGAGUGA